AUGACUCUACUUGCCCUAUAUCCCUUGCUUUACUCUGUCCUCACUAUAACUUAUAACCCACUGUCCAGCUUCACCUUUCCACCCCCAUCUGCAGCCAAAGUGUGCAUGCUGCAAAACAGCUUUCAGCCAGGCUUUGUGGCCAAAGGUGACUAUAUUAUUGGGGGGAUCUUUCCCAUUCACUAUAACCAGGAGAUGCCAGACCUCAACAGUACAUACAGACCACUGCCAGUGAAGUGCAAUGGCUUUGAUCCCAGGGCUUUCCGCUGGGCUCAGACUAUGCGGCUUGCAGUGGAGGAGAUCAACCAGAGUACAGACUUAUUGCCCAAUCACACACUUGGAUACAAAAUCUUUGAUUCAUGUGCAUAUCCACUGACCGGCCAGAGAGCUGCUCUUGCUGUGUUGAACGGGCUGAACGAGGCUAACUCUCCCAUGUGCAGCGGUGCCUCUCGACUUCUCGCUGUGAUUGGGGAAUCUGGUUCUGCACUUUCUAUGGUGUUAUCAAGAAUACUGCAGCCAUUCAGAAUACCGAUGAUAAGCUACUUUUCUUCCUGUGCAUGCCUCUCUGACAGGAGAAAAUUUCCUACCUUCUUCAGAGUAAUCCCUAGUGAUGACUAUCAGGUAAAGGCCAUUGCUCAGCUGUUGGUGCGCUUCAACUGGACUUGGGUGGGGGUGGUGCGAGGGGACCGUGAAUAUGGGCGCUCUGCUGUGGAAGGCUUACUGAGAGAAUUAAAGGGUACCAAAGUGUGCGUAGCAUACCAGGCAAUUAUCCCUCUGCUCUAUAAUCAUCAGAAGACACUGCAGAUCAUUCAGGUGAUGCGUAGCUCUUCUGCAAAAGUGGUGGUGUUAUUUUCAUCUGAAGGAGAGAUGAAACCAUUCUUGAGAGAUUACAUGAUGCAGAACAUUACUGGAAUCCAAUGGGUGGCUAGCGAGGCCUGGGUCACAGCAUCUGUCUUCACAGGGAGCGAGUAUUACCCUUAUCUGGGGGGCACCAUUGGGUUUGGCAUCAGGAAAGGUCAUAUAUCCAGACUCAGUGACUACUUGCAGACAAUAAAUCCCCAUACAUAUACCAAUGAUCUCAUGUUUCCUCCCUGCUCAGGGCAGGAGUCGCUGUUGGAGCAGCAUUCAGCCUACAUGAAUACCUCCAGCCCUAGAGUGGCAUAUAAUGUCUAUAAGGCUGUAUAUGCGAUUGCUCAUUCCCUCCACAACCUUCUUCUCUGUCAACCUGGCAGUGGGCCUUUCCAAAACAACUCAUGUGCUCAAAUAAACAACAUACAACCCUGGCAGCUCCAGUACUACCUUCAGGAAGUGACAUUUAACAUUGGUGGGGAGGAGGUGAACUUUGACCUGAAAGGCGACUCGGUACCCUAUUAUGAUAUUAUCAACUGGCAAAGAGGCACAAGUGGGAACACUGAGUUUGUCAACGUUGGGUUGUUUGAUGGAACCAAGUCUGCCGGAGAGGAGCUGGUGAUCCAGGAAGACAGGAUAAUGUGGGUGCCGGUGUCUGUCUGCAGUGCCAGCUGUCAUCCAGGGUCCAGGAAGGCUGUCCGUCUCAGGGAGCCUGUUUGCUGCUUUGACUGUGUACCAUGUGACAGUGGCAAAAUCAGCAAUCAGACAAAUUCAAUAGAGUGCACAUUUUGUCCUGAGGACUUCUGGUCAAACAAAGACAGAACAGCCUGCAUACCCAAGAAGGUGGAGUUCUUGACUUAUGAUGCUUUGGGUAUAGCCCUGACAGUGACCUCUGUGGUGGGUGCCUGCCUCACUAUAGCUGUCUUUACAGUUUUUUUCUGUCAUAGAAACACAGCCAUUGUCCGUGUGAAUAACUCUGAACUCAGCUACUUUAUCCUGUUCGCACUGACUCUGUGUUUCCUGUGUGCCCUGGUGUUCAUUGGAGAGCCAACAUCUUGGUCCUGCAUGCUGCGCCACACUGCCUUCAGCAUCACAUUUUCACUUUGCUUUUCUUGCAUCCUGGGGAAGACUCUGGUGGUGUUGGCUGCUUUCACUGCCACCAGGCCAGGGGACAACAUCAUGAAGUGGCUGGGGCCCAAACAGCAGAGAGUCAUUAUUUUCAGUAGCACUCUGGUUCAGGUGGUUAUCUGCACUGCCUGGCUCAUUGAUGCUCCUCCUUUUCCAUCCCGAAAUACACAAUAUGAACGCUCAAAGAUCAUACUGGAGUGUAGUGUGGGCUCCAGUCUUGCCUUCUGGUGCGUUCUGGGAUAUAUUGGUCUACAGGCCUGUCUGUGUUUUAUUCUAGCUUUUCUGGCCCGUAAGUUGCCAGGCAACUUCAACGAGGCCAAGUUCAUCACUUUUAGCAUGCUGAUCUUCUGUGCUGUGUGGCUGGCAUUCAUCCCAGCUUAUAUCAGCUCCCCUGGAAAAUAUGCAGAUGCAGUGGAGUCAUUUGCCAUCCUGGCAUCAAGCUUUGGCUUGUUGUUCUGCAUGUUUGCUCCAAAGUGUUACAUUAUUUUACUGAAGCCAGAAAAGAAUACAAAGCAGCACCUAAUGGGAAAAGAAAAUAAGUAA